AAAUUUCUGGGAACCACCGUUUCACAAAUAAAAGCCAUCACCAUCACCACCGUUCCAGCUAAUUUGCAUCAUCACAGAUCAUAUUUAAAAAGAGUUGCUUUGGAAGCAUUGAAAGAGAGACUUCAGCUGGGAGUAGCUAUGGAACUCAUCCCGGAGAUUGCCAGGACUGCAUGGACUCACUACAUCAACUCUAGAAGCCUCGAAGAUAAUCUUGAUCUUCUGAGAACCGAAAUGCAGGAGUUGGGUAGCCAGCAGACCGAUGUAAUUUUUUCACUCAACAGAGCUAAGGUAGUGGAUGGAAAGAAGCCAAAGGCAGAGGUGAGUUUAUGGCUGGAAAAUGUCGAAAAGAUUACCAGCCAAAUGACUAAGAUAGAAGAGGAUUGUAAAGAAGUAGGGAGAGAUUUCUUACCCUCACGUGUAGCAUUGGGAAAUCUUGUUAUAAAGAAGAUUGAAGAGGUGGUGAAGCUUAAGGAGAAAGGUCGAUUUUCAGAAGGGUUACUUGCUGAUCUAUUACCUGAAAUGGAAUUUAUGCCGACGACGAAGCUGGUGGGUAGAGCGACAGCCAAAAGAAAUUUUGAACAGAUUUGGUAUUCAUUGAGGAAUCAUGAGGCCAGAAUUAUUGGUGUCAAUGGCAUGGGGGGCGUGGGCAAGACGACCAUCAUGACCCACAUCUACAACAAAAUAAAGAGCACCGGAAUAUUUGGCAUUUCUAUUUGGGUGACGGUUUCUAAUGAUUUUACUAUUGAGAGAUUGCAAAGUAGUAUUGCACAAGCAAUAGGAUUGGAUCUUUCCAAUGAACACGAUGAAAUGAGAAGGUCCAUGAAAUUGUCUAAGGCUUUGAAGCUUAGGGAGAAGCUCGUUGUCAUCUUUGAUGAUGUGUGGAAGUCAUUUCCGUUGGAAAAGGUAGGGAUUACCGAGGACGAUGCAUGCAAAAUAGUAUUGACUACUCGAUCAAAAAAUGUGUGCCGAAGCAUGAACUGCCAAAAAAUAUUUGAAGUGGAGGUUCUCUCGACAGAAGAAGCAUGGGAAUUGUUCAAGGAAAUACUUGGGAUUAAUGCGGUGCUUUCUUCUGAGGUAGAACAGAUUGCAAAGCUUGUCACUAAAGAAUGUGCCGGUUUGCCACUCGGAAUCAUUACAGUAGCAAGUGCAAUGAGAGAAAAGAAUGACAUUAGAGAAUGGAGAAAUGCAUUAGAGGAGUUAAAAUACUCAACGAUGGAGAUCGAAGGCAUGGAUGAAAAAGUUUUUCCAAUUUUGAAAUUUAGUUAUGAUCGAUUAAAAAAUGAGAAGAUUCGAUCUUGUUUCUUGCAUUGUGCUUUGUUUCCAGAGGACUACCAAAUUGGUGAUGAAUACUUGGUAAGGUGUUGGAUGGCAGAAGGAUUGAUAGAUGAUAUGGGAGACUGGGAAAAGAAAGUCGACAAAGGCCAUACGAUAUUGAAUGGACUUAUUGAUGUAUGUUUGUUGGUAAGGUGGGAUUUUAAUCGAGUGGUAAUGCAUGAUUUAAUCAGAGAUUUGGCCAUUGGCAUUACAAGGAAGAGCCCUCGGUUUGUGGUCAAGGCUGGGAUCCAAAUAAGGGGAUCAAUUGGUAUAGAAGAAUUCCCUGAAGAUGCUGACAGAAUAUCAUUGAUGAGAAAUGAAAUCAAAAUGCUUUCAGGCGAACCAAACUGCCCAAAUCUCUCCACAUUGUUUUUGCAACAGAAUCCUCUCUCAGGCAACAUUUCUCAUGAGUUCUUCAAUCGCAUGAACAGCCUCAGAGUUCUCGACCUCUCUGACAGUCUGAUUAAGUAUUUGCCAGCGUCAGUUUCAAACUUGGAGAACCUGCAUGCACUCUUACUACAGGGUUGUAAGAUGUUAAGGGAGGUACCGUCCUUAGCAAAGCUCAAGCGUCUAAGAAUUUUGAACCUCGCUGAAACUGUCAUCAAAGAAGUGCCAGAUGGUAUGGAAUGUUUGGUUAACCUUAAGGAGCUUUAUGUUUCGUCUUCUAACAGGGGAAAUGUUUUUAGUUGUAAUUCAUUAGUGCUUCCUGACCAGUUAGUGAUGCAUGGAUGCGUUCUGUCAAGCUUACCCUGCCUCCCUCACUUGCAACGCUUACAGACAUGUGAUAUCGAAUACAGUAGCAUGGAGUGGUUGUUGCCAAUAAGAGACGACAACACCAUAACGUCUUUACCCUCAAUACAGAAACUGUGUCUAUAUAAGCUUCCGAAUUUGAGGGGUCUGUGUGAGGGAGUCUUGCUACCUCCCUCAUUCUCAUGCCUCACACACCUGACUGUCACCGAAUGCCAAGUAUUGGAGAAUCUCAUGUCACUUGAAUUGUUUCAGCACCUCCAAUGCCUCGAACACAUUAAUAUUGGAGAAUGCAGUGAGAUGGAGGAGGUGAUAAAAGGAGGAGAAGAAGCUAUGGUUGAAGAAGAAGGUUAUAACAAUAACAAUAACAAUCCCAUACCACUCCCAAAGUUGGAGGAGUUGUAUUUGAUGAAUUUAGGGAAAUUAAAAAGCAUUUGUAAGCAGGUAAUCAUUUGCCCUUCCCUGAAUAGGAUUAUUAUAGUAGGUUGUCCUCGGCUGAAGAAGAUCCCUCUUUCCUUGGGCAACUCAACAUCUUUUGCGCAUGUAGAGAUCAAAGGAAGCAAAGAAUUGUGGGAUGCAUUGGAGUGGGAUGAUCCCAACACCAAAACACUCCUCCGACCUUUUUUUCAUGAAGUUCGUGAAGUGGAAGGACGUGGAAUGAAAAGAGGAGCAGAAGAGGUUGCUUCGACGUCACGGCAGCGGUAAUCUCCUCAUUAGUAUGGACUUUGCAUUUUUAUUUCAUUUUUAGUAAAUUUUGUAUUUUAAAUUUAAAACAAGUAUGGUUGAGAAAUGUAUUGUUAGUAAGAAUGGGUUGUGUACUUCUUCUCUCUGUCUCUGUGUGUUUAUGUAUUAUUAAUGAUUAGCAUAUGGAUG